CACUAAUUGUUCUCCCCCUUUUUAUUCAAAUUUUGACGUACUUCGUGUUGCAGUUUUGCGAAUUGUGCCUCACAGAAACUCUAUUCAUCAUCCAGACGAUUUUUUCCCCUUUUGAUCACUAAUCUAAAGAUGACUGUCUCACUGUCUACAUGUAUCAUUUUGCUCUCUUUAUUUCACGUAUCUCAGGUAAUUCUUCAAUAUCCUACUGAUCUUUUCACUAUUUUCUCAUGAUCAUCUAAAUCUCCCCUGGCAGCAACAUAAAUGGAGAUGGGCAGUAAGGCCAGGGUGAGCGAAAAAAAAAGCGGCAAAGCUCCAAGAGGUGAGCCUCCUCUCAAACGUACGAGAUCAGAAAAGGAGGGUUUCGAUCAAACAGCUCAUGCUAGCUCUGUCAGUAUCGAAAAUUUUGUUGCUUUGAAGAAACAGUACGAAGCGCUUCUGGAACAUGUCCAGAAUUUACAGGCUGAGCAAAAUAGAAGAGACCAAGUUGAGCAGUCGAAUGGUUUCAAUUCAGGGUCAAGUGAUACAUGCAUCAAACCGAAACCAUCAACAUCAGAAUUGAAUUCCAAGUGUGGAAAAGCUCAUUCCCCUGUCAGAAAUAUCAAGGAUGUUGCAUCAAAAAUCAUCCCUGAAUCUACACCGAAUGACACCUCAGUAAUCGCUGCUAAAUCAUCAAGAGGUAAUUGCCAGUCUAAAGUCGCCAUGCAGAUAACAAAGCAAGCAUGCAAACAACCUAAGAAACCUAAAAAAUGUACAAAGGAAACUGAAUUCAAUCAGAAAGAUUCCAGAGUUGAUAAUGAGUCCUCACCUGACAGGAAAAAUCAUCAAACUGAAUCUUCCGGCAAAGUCUCUUGCAAAGAGAACAUCAACAACGAGCUCUCAGACUGCACACGCUCAAAUGAUAAUGUACAAACUCUGAGCAAAGAGAUCUGUUUUGCAGAGGAGCCACCACUUGUUGUUUACCUCGCUCGAAGGUACAGUGGAGUCCCUUCGUUUUCAAGUUAUCCAGAAGAUAAGUCAGAGGAAAAAUAUGAUUUUCGAUUCAGAACAGAUGCCAGAGCGGUAGUUAAUGAGAAUCUUAUCUGCACCAUGUGCCGAGUUUGCGGAAGAUACAAUGUCAAAUGUAUGAACAUCUUUGAAGAAGGGAGCUCAAUUUCCACAUUGAUGCAGACCUAUUUACCCCUUGAGAUUCUGAGAGACGAUGAUCCCCUACCAUUAACAAUCUGCCUAGAGUGUGUUGGGGUGCUCCAAAUGACUGACGAUCUGGCGUUCCGCUACUUGCUAACUGAACCACUUUUUAACCGUGAGAUCUACAAAUCAUAUCCUAAUCUAGUCGGAAUAGUGGAUCCUGCUGAUAAACAGUGGCGUGAGUUUGUGAACAGCAAGAUCUUGAACAAGUUUUGGGAUUCUCAGCCUCCCAUUGACCAAAGGCUUCCGAAGCGGUGCUCUGUUGGGACGAUAAUUAAAGAAACGUGUCAGAUCUGCGCACGGCGUGAAAUGGACUGCCUUGAAAGAUGUGAUGAACAUAUAUUCAAAUCAAUUAUAAACAUUUACUUACCCUCUGAGCUGGAGGAAUCUCAUAGAGAAUUUUUUCGCGCAUGCCUGGAGUGUGUAGGCAUUCUUCAAGUAAUGGAUGAUCUGGCCUGUCGAUUCUAUACCGUUGAGACAUGUAUUCAAAAUCAUUAUGAAGAUUUCCAUGAGAUUGAAACGAUACCUCGCAAAAAUCACAAUAAUCAUGAUGAGCCGGACAAAAAUGGAUCAUCUCCUGGAACUUGCGUCCUUUCUGUUCCACCCUCCGGGAAAUUUCCUCUGGAAAGCCAAGCUGGGAAAUUACAUGUGGAACCUGAAGGCGAAGCUAAACAACAAUCUCCUGUUAAAGUAGAUUACGAUUUCCUACGCACCAAUAUACACUUGGGAAACAUUCUAGCGAAAAGAUGUUUGACUAUGGACGAUAAAAUAGAAUUGUUGAAGGCUGGUGUACCAUUCUCUGUCAUAAUGCAGCCAAAAAUGUCAACCUCCUUUGCUGCUGAAUCGCAGAACACCUCACAUCCGAUUAAAUGGGAAAAAGCCUCUCAUCCCUUACACAUGCUGCAGUUUCAAAUGACAGUCUGGCUCCCUCCUCUCAGCAAGAAUUUUUUAACCAAUAUCAUUCCUUCCAAUCAUGUCUCGCUAGCAGAUUUUGCCGAGAAAGCAGUUUCUCAACCUGGUCAUAAAACCUCAGCAUAUAUCGUCAAUUUCAAGUAUGAAGUUAACUAUCAUAUUACCAGUAAUGGCAUCUGCUCUCCAGUAGGAUUCAAAAUUUCUCCUGGAAGCUAUACUGAUGAAGCGAAAAAGUACCUACAAAUGAUAAUCAAUGAUUCUUUGCAUUAUGAAGCACAGCUUUUAGAUCUCCCAAAUACCAUCCAUGAGCCAGCAGAUCGAUCCAAAGAUGUCUGUGUCAUUUUUCAUAACCCACUCCUGUGCAGUUACUGCAACAAAAUCGUGGAAAAAAAUAAGUUGCUAGCCCAUUUCCAAGAAAAACACAUGACGCAGUGCCACGAAUGCAAAACAUUUGUUCUCUCCUCUGCCAGUCUCCGCAAACACCAAGGGGAAAUCCACGGCUAUGCAUAUAGCAAGUGCAAUACCUGUAGCAACAGCCUCAACAAUUCAAUCAUUGAAUGCCCCCAUAAAUUUAUGUGCCCUCUCUGCCAAGAUCAGUUUAGGUCUUUUAGUCCCCUGAUCGAACACGAGAGGCAGCACUAUCAAGCAAUCAUAGAUUUAGAUAACACAUUGAAGCAGCUGAACACAAUUCAACAUGCAAGCGGUGACUGUCUUGAUAGUAUUGAAGACUUAGUUGGCAUGUGUUCAGUUUGUGGAAAAUACUGUGGUGAUUUAAGAGAGGAAGAGUGUUCGCACACCUUUGCAUGUAAUAAAUGCCCGGAAGUCUUUUACAACUAUCCACUAUAUUUACAGCAUAGGUGCAGAAAAAGACAAAGCAAGCAGCAAGGUGGAUCCUACUUUUUGAGACCUGAAUCUUGGAAAAUUUGCAUACCGCAGUAUCUUUUCACAUGUCCGCUUUGCAUGCGCACUAAAAGACAAUGGGAGAGUGAGUACCGACUUCACUAUGAGGAGUGUAUGCAAAGUUUUUUGUUGAAAAAUUGGAUAAAGCUACAUCAUGUGGAUUCAGUGAUCAAUUUGGAUUCAGUGCCUGUGCAAUGCGCGCUGUGUAGUACCAAUUUCUCGCAUAUCAACAACUUCUACAGCCAUUAUUCCACAUGCUUUCAAAAGCAGACGUUCUUUUGCACUGUUUGCUCAGAGGUGAUUAUAGCAAGAAACAGAGAUCAGCAUUCGUGUGAAGCCAAAAUAAAUGUGCACAGUGUUGCUGAACUUCCGGUUUCGCCUAGGGAAAUUAAUCUGAAGUUCACUCCAUAUUUUGAGUGCUAUGUAUGCAAAGCAGGAUUCACUGGCAGAAAAUCCCUCUCUUCCCAUUUCGCAACACAUAAACCGGAUGAAAGGAGCUGUCAGAUGUGCAAUUUUGUUUUCACGAGCCAUGAGAUUUCCUCAGUAAUUAGUCAUCUAGUUGAUCACUAUGCAGCGCAGCAGCUUAUGCCUCUAGAAGGGAACGAGCUUGGUGAGAAAUGCGAACAGUGUGGCAACCACUUUCAAUCUAAUCUUCAGAGAGUUAUUCACAUUCUUCUCUCUCACGCUGAAGCAGUAUUAACUUGCCAAAACUGCAAAAGAAAAUUCAUCUCAACAGAGGAAUUUACUGCUCACCAUCUCUCGUGUCAACAAGCGUUGUCACAGACCAUCCCACCUCCCACCACCCAAUCAUACCGUCCAGCCAUCCUCACCAGGCGCACCUUGCCAUCUCAGUCAAACUGCUGCAAAAUUCCAGUAGUGAAACCCAGUGACUGUCGAGAACAUGCCCUAGUCCAUUUUCGAUCUGUGAGCUGUGCUGAGUGCAAAAUUAUUUUCAACUCACGCAUGAAUCUUGGCAUCCACAUGCGUAAAGCGCACCCUGAGAAAUCAUUUAUCUGCAGGUUCUGCUCACAAACGUUCGUUUUUGCUACCUCACUGACUCAGCAUUACCAGACAAUCCAUAAAAAGGAAAUUCACUGUUGCACCAAUUGCUACAAGACUUUCAGCACAAACGAAAAGCUCGCCAUCCAUGCUUCAGAGCACCUGAUCAGUGAUUGUCUUUGCAAAUCCUGCACUAAAAGGAAACAGCCCCCAACAGUGUUCUACUCAUGUGAUACAUGCUGCAAAACAUUUGACCGAGCCUUGGAUGUCUAUUCUCACAGUUCUGUUAUGCAUUCAAAUAUGUUUCCUUACCUCUGUGCAAGUUGUGGUUUACAGCUUAGCUGUAUCAAAACAUUUGUGACCCACACUGCUAAAUGUAAUGUAGAAGAAUUAAAUAGUGACAGCCAGUAUGAAAAGCAGAAAGCACUCAAUUUUGAAACAAGUUUUCGGAAUUUUUUCCUUCAGGAGAGAACCAAAAGUAGUGGAGAGGGCUCUUUGGAUAAUAAUGCAGUAAUUGCAAAUCACAUAGGCUCAUCAAAGAGAAAAAGAAAGAAACCUUUAGAGUGUCCGUUGUGUGGAAAAAGCACUGGUCUCACUUUUUCACAUCUCUUGAACCAUUGUCGGGCUCAUAAUCCAAUCCAAAUGAUUGAAAUCACUAGUGGAUCGAACUCAGGCCAAAUCAAUUGCUCCAUAAAAGAGUGCAAGAAGAAAUUCACCUCAAAAAAGUUGCAUGACCUUCAUGAAGUCUACCAACAUAGUAUCCUCCUCUUCCAGUGCAAGAUCUGCUACUCUGAGUUCAACGAUCACACUGAGUGGGCAGAUCAUGAGCACUUUUGCAAUCAAUGGCACAACACAUUUCAUCCUCCGAGUGAGCAAAACUUGCAGUGCCUGAUCCCAUGCAAGCGCUGUAAACAGGCAUUCACCGAUAGACAGUCAGUCAUUGAACACCGGAACCAGGCUCAUGCCCCUGGAACUUGGAAAUGUGACAGAUGCUCCAAAGUCUUCAGAUAUUUUCAGCAACUGAAAAUACACAAAAAAAAGAAGCAUGAAAGAGACAAACAGUUUCAAGACGAAAAAAGUUCCUCAGGGAUCAAAGCAACUAACAAUCAAGAACAAGUGCCUCAGAACAAGUCUAGUUCUGUCAAACAUACCUCAAACAAUACGGAAACUUGCAGUUUGGAACUGGCGUUAUCGACCAAGUUUACCUCAUGCCACCUAUGCAAGCAAGUCUACAAGCGCCACUCUAGUCGUCUCUUUCAUUAUCAGAUGAAACAUGAGGAUUUGUUUCCAGUUCGCUGUAAUCACUGUAGCCGUGGGUUUUUGAACGUUAAGUCUGUGGCUUCGCAUCAGAGAAAAUGCAAUCCUGAGGCAUUGAAAAAUAAUCGUAAAAAAGUAGUCUGUUAUCGGUGUGGAAAGCUAUUCAAGUGUCAGAAAGACCUGAAAAUCCACACUCAUUGCUCUCAUAGAAAAAAAUGUCUUGAUCUAGUGAAGAAUUAUGCUUGUCGUGCUUGUGACAAAUCAUUUGAGACCUACAAGGAUCUUGUAUCUCACGCCAGGAAGUACUUCAUACGAUGUAAAAGGAAAUGGUACUGUCAAGAUUGCGGUUACUGGGAUAAGUCUGUUCACAUUCUCAUGCAUCAUGACUGCAAAGGAAAGGAUGCUGCCUCAAAGAGGCACAAAGGGAAGAAGCUUACGGCCGUUUUGGAGAGAGUAAGAUUCACAGAGAUUGCAGGAAAAAAUGUACCCAUUGACGAAUUCAUUUCAACUGUAGGCAUUACAAAAAGCCAAGCUGCAGUGAAUUUUAUCCCAAUUUUUGAUGGUCUCCAAGCAGAAAGAGACAUGCCAGUAGAAAUAAGUCAAGAAGUGGAUUGUUCGGAGCUGAACAUCUUAGUAUCUGAUGACAGUAUAUUGUAUGUUUGUUCUUUUUGUAAUUCUUAUCUGCAGAGUCUACCUCAGCUUCAAAUCCACCUACAAGAAGCCCAUAAUUUGAGCAUGGACAAUGUAAUUCUGAAUGGCUUUGAAGUGACUUAAUAAGCAGUGAUACUUUUCUACUAAAUUUUAGUUUCAUCAGAAAAAGGCCAUAUUUUACCUCAUUGCAUUAACAUGCCGAAGUGCAUUAAUCACCUAUUUCCAUGUUGAUGUUUCAUUUUAUUCAGGUAUUAACAUAGUUAUCUCUAACAAAUUUUUUUUUUUUUUUUUUAACAAUAUUUUGUUCUCUUUUAAAAUGAUUUUAAGUAUAUAUUUUGUUCUCUUUUAAAAUGAUUUUAAGUAUACUUGCCUCAAGCAUUUAUCCAAAGUGUAUUGUAAGAGUCAGCAGGCUCAUACUUCAUAAGAAAAUCUCAUCCACUGGUUUAUUUAUCUUACGUUUUUUUUUUGUCUUCCUACAUUACUAUCGGUCAUUUAACUGAGCUGUAACUUAUAAUCGGUUAUUUUGAAUCCAUGUUUGUUGCAAGAACGCCUCAGGAAUACAUUAACAACAUUUAUUGCUUAUCUUUUUAACACCACUGUAUAACCUUGGUGGUACCCUUUACCCAGUUUAUACUUCCUCUUUUUUUCUAAAUACAAGUUUUUUGUUUUAUUAUAAGCAUUCGAAUUUCUGGAUGACUUUUAUAUCAAACUUUGAAUACAUCAUAUUUUUCUGACUCAAAA